AAUUUAUGUAUAAGGACUUUGAUAGUGUCUAUAAUAAAGCUUAUAUAUAUAAUUUUUUUUUUUCAUUUUUGCUUCGAUAGGUAUAUAUACAGAGUGAAAUUGGGGAGAAGGGGUUGUUGUGGAAAUGGAGGAAGCAAAGGGAGUAGUGAAACACUUACUGCUCGCGAAGUUCAAGGACGACGUGACGCCAGAGAAGAUUGAAGAGCUCAUCAAGGGCUAUGCCAACCUAGUCAAUCUUAUCCCACCCAUGAAAGCAUUCCAUUGGGGCAAAGAUGUAAGUACUGAAAACCUGCAUCAAGGCUUCACUCAUGUGUUUGAAUCAACCUUUGAGAGUACAGAGGGCGUUGCAGAGUAUGUAGCUCAUCCUGCUCAUGUUGAAUUUGCAAAUUGGUUCCUUUCCUCUGCAGAGAAAGUGGUUGUGAUUGACUAUAAGCCUACCAGUUAACCUUUCAUUGGGAACUUGAUGCCUCAGUUCACUGAUAAAAAUAAGUUUGGUUGCUUCAUCUCAGUUAUUUUACGAACUUCAAUGAUUCGCUUUGGUGUAUGCGCUACAAUGAUUUCAUUUAUGCAUAUCAAUUUGGAUACGAAAUAUAAAUGUCUACCCUUCAACUUUCAACCUUCACUUCACAUCACAUUUGCUCAUCUUGGCUAUCAUCAUCUCUAGUACUAAAAUCUAGUAUAAUUUUUGUUCUCUUUUUGUAUCUUGCAUUCAGAAUGGUAUUACAUUUUAAAUAGCUUCAUUACAAAAGCAUAAACAUUAUAAGGAGUGGUAUAGUGUAUUAUGGUAACCUCUUAAUUAUA